AUGGCCCUUGGAAACCACCGGGGGACCGCGCGUCUGCCAUCCGCCCAAGAGCGCUCAUUCUGGGGGAGGAGAAGACCGCAGCAGCAGGGUCAGGACGCACGCUGCUCCAUACUCCCAAAGAGCGUUUUGGACAGCAGUAUUUUAUACCCAAGCCGUUACCCAUCACCUCCGCGACCGGCUCGGGCUCCGCUUCCUGUUAAAGCCAUCAAACGGCCCUCUCAGGACUCCAAGAAGGCCAGAAAAGAGAGCAAAGAGUGGCAGAAACAUUCUCAUUCUGAAGUCUUCAAACCCACAUCCCCAACAAUCAAACGGCCUUCCCUGGAAAUAAAGAGGAAGCUCCCUGUUGACCCGAACGCCCCCAUCGCCCCCCUGCCGCUGCACCUCCACCCCCCCGCCAGAAAAGAGAAUCCAGAUCCCAACGCUCCUCUGGGCCCCCUGCCUUUCCACCUCCACCCCCCUCCUGCCCCCAAGCGUCCCAUUGCGGAGGGGAAGAAAGACAGGAAAGAAUCAACUGAAGGGAAAGUGUCGAAAAAGCACUCGGAGGCCAAGAAAGACAGGAUUGAAUCAAUUGUCAAAAAGCCUGCUGAGGAUGUAAAAAAAGAGUUACAAAGGAGAGAUUCAGUGGAGAAAAAAUCCAGCCAUUCGCAGAAACGUCCUUCCAUUGACUCUAAGGCCGACAGGCAAGAGUCGACCGAUAGGAAGAAAAGCAUCUCACCUCCUGCAAAAAAACUCAGUAGUGAGAGGAGAGAGUCAGCUGGAUCUAAAGCUCAAUCUGCAGCUCCACACAGGAAACCUUCCACCGACAGCACUGACAGGAGGGAGUCAGCUGGAUUUAAAGCUCAGUCUGCAGCUCCACACAGGAAACCUUCCACCGACAGCACUGACAGGAAAAGCAAAGGCAAUUUCCCUAAGACCCCCACCACCCCGACCAGCCCCCUGUCGCCUGGCUUUGGGGCAUCUGGAGGCCCUCUGUCCCCUCAGCACUCCACGGGGGACUCGGUCAGAGACAAGUGCAUCGGGAUGAUUGCAGUCGCACUGCGCACAGACAAUGACUACAUCGAGUUCGGAGUGAACUGUGACCGCACAGCUGAGAUAAAGGCCACAGACAUGAAAUACAAAAACAGAGUUCGAAGUCGGAUCAGUAAUCUGAAGGACCCAAAGAAUCCUGGUCUUCGUAAAAAUGUGCUAGCAGGAAACAUCGAGCUUAGCCGCUUCGCCUCCAUGUCUGCAGAGGAAAUGGCCAGUGAUGAGCUGAAGCAGCUGAGGAACGUCCUGACGCAGGAGGCAAUCCGCGAGCACCAGAUGGCAAAAACCGGAGGCACCAGCACUGACCUGCUGCAGUGUGACAAGUGCAAGAAAAAGAACUGCACCUACAACCAGGUGCAGACCCGCAGCGCUGAUGAGCCCAUGACCACAUUUGUCUUAUGUAACGAGUGUGGAAACCGCUGGAAGUUCUGUUGA